ACAGCAGGCCAUAGAUGGUCACACACACUAACACACACACACACACACACACAGAAUGGUGCAGAAAGUGUAGUUGUGCAUUUGGUCACUAACACACACGCCAUAUCUGCUGUAGUAAUAGUUCACUACCUUUUCAUUCAUCUAUUUUAUGUAAAGUUUUGUUCAGGAAAUAUGGGCUGCUCCUCAUCCAGUGCGCAGAAUGUGGAUCAAGAAAAAAGACCAGCCACGAAGCCUGAGGAGAGCAAUGGAGAUACAGUGGCUGUUAGAAAUGGGGUCAUUGCAGAAACCAUCCAGGACCAGACACUGUUGCCUGCGUGUGCCUUAGCAGAUGAUCUUCAACUGGAAACUGAUGAUGGGGAAAAUGCUGUGUUGAUGGCAAUUGAGGCUGAAGAGGAUCUGGGCUCUGGGGAAGACCUGUUGGCUCUUCCUCAGCCACUACCAGAGCCUGUCAUCGUUGAAGAGCGGGAUUUGGUUGCUGGAAAAGAAGAAGAAGAAGAAGAAGAAGAAGCCCCCACUAUCGUGAAAGGGGAACAUGCGAUGGUCGAAUCUCUUUAUGAGGCAUCAGUGGAUAUUCUUGCCGUGGAAGGUGUUGACACGGAGCAGGCUGUCGAAGAUGUUACAGAGAUGAAGGCUGGGGUCGAUGCUGAAACAGAAAAGACAGAUGUUCCUGAACUAGAAUCUGUUGGAGAGUUCAAGUCUAAGGUAGAAGUUGCUGAACCAGUGCAGGCUGUGGAGCAGACUAUCCCAAGUGAGACUUCUCCUGAGGAGCCUCCGGUCAAACCUGUGGUGCCAGUCACACAGGAGUCAGUAUUUGACGUCCCUGCUGAUAAGCCUUCUCCUUUUGACGUGUCGAUCGAUGGUUCUCUGCAACUUCCAACCUCAGAAAUACCAGUUGGAACUCCUGCUCCACAUGAGGCGGCACCCAAUAAAACAAUACCAAGUGAAGCUUCUACCAAUGAAUCCUCAGAUCCCAGUGAAGCUGUGGAAGCUGUAAUAGAUUCAGGGAUCGCAGUAUCAUCCAUUCCAGAGAUGCCUCCUUCAUUUGAAGGGACAGAUGAUACAAAAGCAGAGCAACAGCAUGGGAAUGAAGAGCACAACAAAGCUCUUAUGAUGCCCUCCGAAAAUUCCACACAAGCAGAAACCACCAAUGCUACUUGUGAUCAGAAGCCUGCAGCAGAAGCUGAAAAAAUAGACUUGAAAGUCCUGGUAUCUUCACCAUUGCUUUCAGAAACCAAAACAAAGGACAUUUUAAAAGAUGAACCAACUUCUGAAACAUCUCCAUGUUCAGGGCAGAGCGAUGCUGCCGUAGAGGUUCCUGCACCUGAGCCUACACAAACAGACUCUGAAGCCACUUUGGCACCACUUGCUGAUGGUCAAGUCUGCAAAUCCUUGUCAGAAGGCGAAGGACCUUCACCAGAAUAGCAACAUUCCGAAGGUACAUGCAAACCGGAGGGAAGAAGAUGAAACCACAUAAAUGUAACACUAUCAGUAUUGUCUGAUCAAACAAGAGAGUUUAAUACAAUUUUGGCUGUAACUUGUCACUUAAAGUUCAGGUUCAAAUUAUAGGGACAUUCCCAGAUAAAUUCUGACUUUUGCACCAAAUUCCUGUUUUUAAAAACCUUUGAGGGUCAAUGAAAAAGAAUGACUAUAAUAAAAAUACAACUAAUACAAUUAAUGUUACGAUGAGGCAAGAACUGCACAUUUUUGAAAAGUUCCCAUCACAAAGUACUAUGAAAAUAUUUUAAAGUUCCAAUAACCUGUUUAUGUUUUACUAGGAAAAAGUUUGUCAUUUUUCAGAGGUCUAAGCUGUCUGAAACGUUUGUUUACAGUGUGUGUGUGUGUAAUAUUUCUAACAUCCAAUAUGGGUCCUUUACAUAAUAGGAUGUGAAGUGUCAUGUUUAAAUUAACAGAGCCAUUAACAAACAGGCUGAGCAUAUGAUAUCCAAAAUACUGAACGAGAACUCCAAGGAAGGUACCGAAGUAUGCACAUAAAGUCAUUACUCUCACCUUUUAAUAAUGGGAGAAUGCCAACAAAAUGUCAACGCUGACAUUGCUAAUAUCUAACAUGCUAACAUCUAGCACAGAGGUGCCCAUUACGUCGAUCGCGAGCUACCAGUCGACCGCGGGGGGUGUGUCAGUCGAUCUCCAGCCAGGCUUUUAAAAAAAAUAGACCUAAAAAUGAGUAAUCAUCAAUCUUCACCAAGACGUCACUUAAAUGACAUUCACGGUA